GCGUAGUGGAGGGGAGACCUCGCGAAGGGAAUUGGUCGAUGUCAAUAGAUUCCAACGAUAAUUUUCAAAUAACAGUGCUGCGCCAGAGCGUGCUUCUAUUUCGGAAGUUCAAAUUUUCGGUCGGAAAAAUUUAGCAUCGAACGUUAGCGUUCCUCCUGUACCUAUUAAGAAACACCAUAAAAUCUUCUCAUUAAUCGCAUUGCUUUUGCACAGGCUUCGAAAUGAAACGAACUAAAAAAUUCGACGAAUGUACGCAUUAACUGGUAGAAUUCCGCCGACGUUACGCAUCGUCAACAUACUUUCUCAUGCAAAAACGCAACCCUGUAUCAUUCGCGGGACACAUAACCCUGCGAGCCUCGUUUGCUGCGUCGGUAACGUAGAGAGCGACAACGAAACGGAAAAGGAAAUCAUUUUCAAGACUUAUUCGACACGGACGUUCUUGUGGAUGUAUCGUUGGCAGCGGAGAAUAUUUCCUCACAAUCAUCAGCGAAGCUGAAUCUCGUCGCUGCAACAUUUCUUAGAUUCUCUGGAAUCCGGUAGGAACAGGAUGCUCGCUGGCAGAAGGUGGGAAUAUCCGAUCCCAAAAUCGAAGGAGUACUGGUCGAAGUUCUGCAGGGAUGAAGAGAGGAGGCUGAUCGUAGUAAGGGAUCCUUCCGUUCGGUUAACCUACCAUUCUUUCCCCGGAUAUCGUUCUUCCAAAAUCCGCGGCUCUUCAGGUUCCGAGAACUCUUUGCACGAACUCUCGCGCAUAAAAUCAACGUCUCGCUCAACCAAGUUAUUACAGAUCGGCGAAGAAUCGUUGCCGAGAUCGAUCUUGAAGUCGGCCGAACGAAAAUUAGAUGCCUCGCGAUUCGACCUUGACCUCGCCGACAAAGAGAACUAUGCUCUAGGUUAUCUCGGCGCGCGAAAUAAACCGGAAGCGCGUUCUACGACGCUUCCAGCACUGAGCGCGUCGGCGCGCGAGCCGAAACCGUCAAGGUCAAACCGUGCAGAAUCGUCAGAAAAGAAGCUGCUUCCGAAACUAAAGUCUUCGUGUUCCAGGCACGAUCUACCAUCUCCACGAACGGCGAGAAUCUCCGAGGACUCGUUGAAAUAUUCGACUCGGCGCGCUUACAAAGCGCUAAGGCACGUGACGGCGAACAAGAGAUUGAACUUCGACCCUGAAACGGUUCUCCAGUCGACGAAGGACCCGUCGCGGAUCGAGGAGGCGAAAGGUGAAUCGUCCGACCGCGCCGACGAAGGAAAACCCGAGGAAUUUCCACGGCGAGAAGAGUCGCCGAAGGAUUCGCAGUUCGCCGUCGCUCGGCGCGGAGUUUCGAGAUUGUUUGCGACGUCGCCGACGAUUCCCUCGGGCUCGCGUUCCACGUCAGGCCCGAGUCCCCGCUUCGCGCAGCUCGAGCCGCUGCGGAAUCCUUCGGGCCGCGUCCUCUCGUCGAUCCCGGAGCUCUCCAACUUCCCGCGCGGACACCGCGACAAGUGUCUGCCGUGCAUCUACAAGUCGUUCGAAGCGCGAUCGAGCCGGAGGACGUCUUUCCCGGUGACGACCUUGCACAGGAUCAUAAAUUCUAAGCGCGUCGUUUCGCCCAGCGACGGGUCCGAGAGCAGCGGCACAAUUUGUUUGCCGGACUUCGAGGAGACGCUGGAGAGAAUGUUCGCUGGCGACGUUAAAAAGGUGUCUUUUCGCGUGCCGAGCGACCUCCGAGCGGAGGAAGCUCCGUUGCCGCAAGAACGCCUCGAAGAAGCGUCGACGGAAGAAAGCGCGCCGCACUCGGAGCGUUCUUGCGACGCGGUUACGCGAAAAGACAACGAACAGGACCGCGGCGGAGCGUCGAUUUCCGCGGGAAAGAGUCCGAAAGAAGCGGCGAAGUUCGAACGAGCAGCGACGCUGGAACGAUCGAAGCUCUCCGCGUCGUUUCGCAGCGACAGCACUGAGGACGAGGACUCCCAGCCGGCAUCGAUCGACGAGGAUCAGUCAAGGCCGAAGUACUUGGCUCCCUGCCACGCGGCGACCGUUUUGAAACCCAGCUUGGAGCCUCUCAGAGCCCUGAGGAACCGGAAAGCGACGACGCUGCAGGACCGAAUCGCUUUCCUCGAGUCGUCGUCGAAGAAGAACUGGUCCCUCGACGACGAGGCCCAGGAAAAACAGCCGAAAUCCGGCAAACCCGAGGAGAUCGAAGCGGAAAAGAGCGACCCGGUCGUUAAACACUUGAAGAAAGCGAAAUCCGUGCCGGAGAAUCUGAUCCUGGAGAACGUGGAGCGCGCUAAGAAGGAUCAUGUUUUGCGAAAGGGACUCACCGUCGCCGGUCUCGCGCUUCUAAAAGACGCCAGCGGCGAGCAAGCUUGUGCCGAUGAAACGGAGGACGAAGCAAGGCUAGACGAUUCCGCGGAAACGAUCGGCGAGGUCUCGGCGCCGAGGCUGCCGCUCACCGACACGGCGGAGGUGAUGCAGAUUUUACAGGGCCUCGAAGAGGAGACGCCGGCCGCGAGCAUGCUGGAGACGUUAAGCAAAGAGUUCUCGGAACGCGUUUGGAACGCCUCGUAUGAUAACUCGGUGGUCGCCGAGAAGACCAAGAAGCUGAUAGGAACGUUGACGAGCUUGUUGGUAGACUCUAAGCGUUACUUGGACACUAGGAGAUUCCCCUCUGACCUGUCCUUCUCCUCGAAUCAGCCGCCGCCGUGCAACCCCCAGCUCCUGAAACGAAUCCUGCCCGAAAAGUCUUACAAUCUCGUCGCGCCUUUGCUGGGAUUACCGGUCUCGCAUCCGCCGAAAAGGACCUCGUUCAGGCCGAGCGACGACGUUAUCGAUCCUAGAAGUGUCGGCAAGUCGACGGUGGACAACGGCGACCAUAGUUUAGCUUCCUUCGAGGUGCAUCCGGCGUCCUCGGGAGACUGCGAAUCGCUCGAUGGCGAGGAGAAACUGGGUCGCCGCGGAUACAAUCCUUACGCUCUAUUUCGAAGGAAGCCGAGACGCAAGGUGCCGUAUCGCGACGGAUUAAUAUGUAGGAAGGAGAUGAGAGGAGAAGAGACGAUCCUUUUUUCUGUGAUGAUUAUUCAGGUGAUCACGUGGCGGCCUUUGCUGCCGGACGACCUCGAGGGCUACGAUCCGAACGCCACCCUUAAAAUGAGGACCGAUAAUAUUAUGUCAGAGAUAUGCCGUGACUUUUGCCAGUGGCUGAACACGCUGACCGGCGCGGAGAAAACCGUCGACGAACAGGUCCUGAAGGACAUGUUCGAGGUUGAUUUCAACGCGGAGGCGUGCAGGGCGAUGCAGGUGUUGACUCGAGAGAUGCCGGUCGUGUCGGCCGAGGUAGCUCGGACAAGGAACACCCUAGGCGCCAGCAAGCUGUCCAUGACGAAGAAGCAGGUGCUGAAAGACGCUCGGGCGGAGAAAAGAGCCCCGAAGAUGACCGCUUUCGGGACCACGAUACCCUGGCAUCUGCAGUUCACGCCGCCGAAAAAUCGUGUCCGCGAGAACUGGCUCGAUUGCCGUCACGUUCCCACGGACUUAGAAACUAUGGACGUGGUUUGGAAGGGCAUCACGAAUUUGAAAAGCGUGCGGGGCUUCGUCGAAUGGCUUCAGCAACACCCGGAGAUAACGCCGCCGGAUCCUUUGAAGGAACUCGUUGCAACGGACGUUGAAACUUUGCGGCUGGCGGAGGAUGACGAAGAAUUCGCACAUCUCGAACUGGACAUCUAUCAAAUUAAGAGUUUCAGAGUGGGAGACACCAGUGAACAAUGAUUCGGGCAUUUCGAUUGGCAACGUUCCAUUUUAUGCGUCAUUGUUUACAGCGUGGGACGAGUUGCCGAUAUCGAAACGCCUAAAAAUUGU